CCGACCCCACAACUCUUUUUUUAUACACUUUCUCAACAUGGAUUAAAAAAAAUAAUAGCAGAUUAAUGAACCUGAUGCAGGGAAUGGGGCUCGGAGUGAAGGAAUUUGUUCGGGGGUCUCGGAAUGAAGGGUUCAGGCUCGGGUACCCGGGGUCUGCGGCAGAGAUUCAGGUCCCGGGUCCCGGGUCCGUCGCCCGGAGAGGAUUUGUUUCGGGGCCGAAGAUCAGGCCCCAAAGCACAGUAUUCAGUCCGGGUCCGAGCUGAGCGCCGCCCCUCCCCUCUCCCUCAGCCCUCUCCUCCCCGCAAGACUCCCGAGCCCCUCACCGUCCAUAUUCGAAAAGGCGGCUGCACUCGGGAGGCUGCUGAGCUGCUGAAACGGGCCCGUAGCUGUCGAUUUGGACAGCUCCGCGGCAGGAACUUCCGGGGCGCUCACUUCCGGCUGCUACGGCUCUCGCGAGAGGCGGGCGUCAGCUGCGUCGCCUUGGAGACGCGUCUGUGAAGAGCAGGAGUACACUGAUUCAUGCUCAAAGUGCAAGAGCCAGGUCCCGAAAUGGAUAAGGCCUGUCUACAACAUCUUGCCCAAGAAAUGGUUGGAUUCAUCCAUGAAAGGUA